GUCCAAAUCGAAGUCCUCUCUGUCAGGCGUCAGCUUUCUUUCAUAUUCUCUCUCUCUCUCUCUCUCUCUUUUUUUUUUUUCUCAGGAAACGAACAAACAAAAGCCAACUACUAUAAGUCUAUAAGUCUAUACCUCAAAAUGGAUGCGUGUCGGCCUUUUAAAAUAUCCCACCGAUUCUCUAUGCCACCUCUCUCAUUCAUUCUCUGUCUUUCUUCCCACCUUUGAAUCAAUUAUUGCGACAGAACGUUCUGGUACUCUGUUUAUCUCCGUUUGUUUUUCACUUCAUGGGUGCGGGUCUCUCUGCUCUGUUCACCGGUGGCUCUCUUUCUCAAUUGCCGGUGAGACCCAGUUUAGGAGACUUGCCGGAGAGCUGUGUGGCAUCGAUUAUUGGGUAUUUGGAUCCGCCUGAGAUAUGCAAAUUUGCAACGCUGAACAGAGCUUUUAGAGGGGCUUCUUGGGCUGAUUUUGUGUGGGAAGAAAAACUGCCCCCCAAUUAUCGAAUUCUGUUCGGAGAAGUCUUUGGUUCUGUUCCCGUACAGUGGGGUAAGAGAGACAUCUAUACGAGACUUUGCAGACCUCAUACUUUUGAUGAUGGUACCAAGAAAGUAUGGCUUGAUAAGAGCACAGGUGGUGUUUGUCUGUCGAUUUCUGCAAGAGGAUUGUCCAUAACAGGAAUUGAUGAUCGAAGAUAUUGGAAUCAUAUUCCUACUGAGGAGUCUAGGUGAGACACAACACUAUUUUUGGUUUACAUAACCAAUUUGGAGGAAAAUGGGAGAGGUUUUAGCUAGUCUCUCAUCAUUAAUCUCUUAUACUCUGUUUGGAUUAGAAAAGUUGGAGAAAGAAGAGAAGGAGAGUGAGGGUGAGAGUACUUUCGUUGUUUAGAUUAAUAAUUUUAAUGAAGGGAAGGGAUUAGA